AUGCGAGCAGUCGAGCGAGCAGUAUGGAACACUCGCUUCUCGGAUGUCUACGCGUUGUGCGUCGCGCAUCCCGAGCCGCUGGCCGACCGGCUGUACGACGAGACCAAGAAUUUCCUAGAGGAGCAUGUAGCGGGUCUCUUACAACGCGUGCGAGGGAAUGCGCCGCUCGAGUCUACUGACCACACCGAUGGACUGCUCGACAGAUACGUGGAGGCGUGGGGCGAGUACAGCCAGGGCGUGGCGUACCUCAACAGCCUCUAUUCGUACCUCAAUCUACAGCACGUCAAGCGGCAGAAGGUAUCAGACGCAGAGAUCAUAUACGGCUCGGCGGCGACAGUCAGCUGUCCGGAGCACGACUCGAGGCAGCUCGAGGUGGGCGAGCUAGGCCUAGUGACGUGGGAGCGCGUGCUGGUCCAGCCUCUACGCGGCGCGCUGACGUCACGCAUCGUGUCGGCACUGAACGAUGCGCGUGAACGCACGCCCGACCCGCGACACGCUGACGUAUUGAGGCAGGCGAUACUGUCUACCGUACAUGUGCAAUCCUUCCGCGUGCGCGCGCCUUUAGCCCUUUACCAAGCUCUAGUACUAGAGCCGUACUUAGCCGCCGCGGGCGCACAGCACGCGCGCGCCGCCGCCGAGUUACUACACGACCACGACAUCUCGCACUACAUGCAGCGCGUGCUUGAAGGUCUGGAGCGCGAAGUGGAGUUAGGCAGCCGCUUCCUGCACUCAUCGUCGGCCGAAGCAGUGCGCGGCUGCUACGAGCGCUGUGCGGUCGCCGCGCACUUGCCGGCUUUACAUGCUCACACCGAACGUCUGCUACGAGAGGCCUGCCAGGACGCGCCGACUCGCGCACAGAGAUGCCUCGACCUCAAGCGUAUGUACGCGCUCAUCCGUCCACUUGGCGCCAACGCGCUGAGGCCGCUCGUGGACGCGGCGCUGGCUCAAGUCACUCGUGAUGGACACGCGCUGUUAGAAGCCAGUCAUAAUAAAGAUGAGGCACACACGCACUUCGUGAACGCGAUGCUGGAGCUACACGGCAGAUACAGCUCGCUAUUCGCAGACGUGUUCGGUGGAGCACAGGCCUUCGUCGGUGCUUUAGACAAGGCGUGCAGCGCAGUGGUGAACGCUCGCUCGGGCCCGGACCAAGCGGCGCGGGCUCCCGAGCUGCUGGCGCGCUACUGCGACUGCCUGCUGCGGCGGCGUGGAGCCGACGACGCCGACGACCGGCUGGCAGCCGCCAUUGUGGUGUUCAAGUACGUCGAUGAUAAGGAUGUCUUCCAAAAAUACUACGCGCGAGCUCUGGCCAGGAGGCUCAUACACCAGCUGUCGGCGUCUAUGGAGCAGGAGGAGGCCAUGAUCAACCGUCUGAAGGCCGCGUGCGGUUACGAAUUCACAAACAAGCUGCACCGCAUGUUCACCGACGUCGCGGUCUCAGCAGACUUGAAUGCCAAGUUCCAGCAGCAUCUGAGAGACCACAACUUGUCUACAAACACUGGCUUCUUCAUACAAGUACUGCAGGCCGGCGCAUGGCCUCUAGGCGGUGCUAUGGCGCCGCUAGCGCCGCCGGCGCAACUGGAGAAACCGGCGAGACUCUUCGAAGCCUUCUACAGAGCGUCCUUCAGCGGCCGCCGUCUAGCCUGGCUACACCACCUGUGUACUGGUGAACUGAGGACACGAUACACGCAAAGGGUGUACCAUGUCAGCGCUACUACGCCACAGUGCGCGCUACUACUUUCCUUCGAAACAGCAGACACGUUGUCCGCUCGUGAACUACGCGAGUCCCUACAAUUAGAAGGCGAGGCGUGGGCCAGGCACGUGAGGCCCGUAUUAGAUGCUGGCUUGCUGACGUCAUCAGGGGAUAUUGAAGCUGACGAUGAAUCUGCUACCCUCAGUCUAAAUUUGAAUUUCUCGUGCAAAAGGACAAAAGUCAGGCUGACAGCUGCUAACGCGCCUAAUCAUCAAGGCGGUCUGCCGGCGGCGACUGGCGCGGCCGAAGCGACGGAGGCGGCGCACUGCGACGACGACCGCAAGAUGUAUCUACAAGCUGCCCUCGUGCGCAUCAUGAAGCAAAGGAAGGUCCUCCGACACACAGAACUAAUCCAAGAAGUGGUAUCCCAAGCGCGCGGCUCGUUCGCGCCAUCUGUCGGCAUGAUCAAGAAGUGCAUCGAGGCGCUCAUCGACAAGCAGUACCUCGAGCGAGCGCCCGGCGCGUUGGACACUUACUCGUACCUCGCGUGAGUGGAGUCGCUUAUGGUCAGUGCUGUGAGCGUGGCCAUGACCAUGACCAUGACCAGCUGGCGUGGAUGUGGCCACGCUUACUCGUACCUCGCGUGAGUGGCGCAUAUGAUCUGUGCUGUGAGAGUGG